CGGGGAAAAGCGAACUAGACUGCUGACCAAUCAGCGUUCAGAAGAAAGAACAGAGCGAAGGUUCCGCGGUCACAUGCCGCGGAGUCCAGUGGGCGGAGCAGUUGCUCAGCAGGCUCUCGCUGCUUCCUGUUUCCGGCUUCUGGAGCGGGGCGCACCGCGGCGCCUAGGGGAGCGCUGGCUUCGGAGAGGAAUCGAGGGACUGGGGUCUGCGCUCCCGCACCCCUGAUCUCGGGCCGCGUCUCCCAACCCCAGAGACACAUUCGUGGGGGCUUCUGAGCUUUGGUUGCUCUGUUUUCCCGUGACACGAUGUUCCCCUUCUCUGGCUGCUGGAGGACUGAACUGUUGCUGUUGCUACUCCUGGCUGUAGCUGUGAGAGAAUCCUGGCAGACAGAAGAAAAGACUUGCGACCUGGUAGGAGAGAAGGAGAAGGAGUCAAAGAAUGAGGUGGCUCUCCUGGAAAGGUUACGGCCACUGUUUGACAAAAGUUUUGAGAGUACUGUGGGCCAGGGCCCAGACACAUACAGCUACAUAUUCAGAGUAUGCCGGGAAGCUGGCAACCACUCCUCUGGGGCAGGCCUAGUCCAGAUCAACAAAAGUAAUGAGAAGGAGACGGUGGUUGGCAGAAUCAACGAGACUCACAUCUUCAACGGAAGUAAUUGGAUCAUGCUGAUAUAUAAAGGCGGUGACGAGUAUGACAACCACUGUGGCAGAGAGCAGCGUCGUGCAGUGGUGAUGAUCUCCUGCAAUCGACACACACUAGCGGAUAAUUUUAACCCAGUGUCUGAGGAGCGAGGCAAAGUCCAUGAUUGUUUCUACCUCUUUGAGAUGGAUAGCAGCCUGGCCUGUUCUCCAGAGGUCUCACACCUCAGUGUGGGCUCCAUCUUACUUGUCAUAUUUGCAUCGUUGGUUGCUGUCUAUAUCAUUGGGGGUUUCUUAUACCAGCGACUGGUAGUGGGGGCCAAGGGAAUGGAGCAGUUUCCUCAUCUGGCCUUCUGGCAGGAUCUUGGCAACCUAGUAGCUGAUGGUUGUGACUUUGUGUGCCGCUCCAAACCCCGCAAUGUGCCUGCAGCAUAUCGUGGAGUUGGGGAUGACCAGCUGGGGGAAGAGUCGGAAGAAAGGGAUGACCAUUUGCUACCAAUGUGAUUGCACUUGUAAUGUCUAGCCACCUCUUCAGUCCCCAAACCAAAGCAGACUCAGCCAGACUUGUCAAGCCUUUCUCCCACCUCUCACCUUGCCGUUAAUAUUCUUGCUUUCCAGCUGGCUUUUGAUUUGACCCUAACCUGACUCCCUUUGCUCCUUCCUGUCGUUUUUUCCUCUGCCUGUACAGUGGAAGGCAGGCAGGCAGGCAGACAGACAGACGGCCUGUGGGGCAGACUCCUGCACCCCAGGAAGAGCAAGGACAGUUAAAUAGGCAGAAAGCCACGAGCACCCUGGCUGUAAAUUUUCCUAAGUUGAGACACUGGAUCCUCUAAUUAAACAAGCAAGGAUUACUUGUACCUUUGGUUGCCUCAUGUUAUUCCUGUCCCUGCAGUAGUCCCAUGAGGAUCUGAGUGUCACAGAGUUGUUCUGCAGUGCUUGCCUGGCUGUAACCCAAAUACUCCCAUUUGCUUUGAGUGUGGAAUCAGUCACCCAAUUGUCCCUUGCGUGGGAUUAG